AUGACAAAUAUCCAAAAACAAGGUAUUCCAGCAAUUAUUUAAGGCUAAAAUAUAGUUUUAAAAAGUGAAACUGGGUCAGGAAAAACACUAACUUAUUUAGUUCCUUUAAUAUCUAAUUUAUUACAUUUAGGAGAUUAAAAUAAAAUAAGCAGAAACGAUGGAUCAUAUAUAUUCGUCAUAUGCCCAACAAGAGAAUUAUGUAUUUAAUGUGAAAACGUGGCUAAAUAAAUAACUUUAAAAUCAACCUUUAUUAUCACAGGAACAUUAAUAGGAGGUGAAAAUCCCAAAAAAGAAAAAGCACGUCUCCGAAAAGGAAUUACAGUACUAUUCGCAAGUCCAGGAAGAAUUCUAUAUCACCUCAAAAACACUUAAUCUUUUGUUUUUGAUAAACUUAAGUACUUAGUUUUUGAAGAAAGUGACCGUACAUUAGAUAUGGGAUUUUAAAAAGACCUCGAAGAAAUAGUUACUGUUUUACAGUAAAAAAUAGACUUCGAAAAAGUUCAAAAGAUAUUAAUUUCAGCCAAUUUUAAUGAUGAUAUAGAAGCUUUAUAUUUAAAAAUGUCCAUCUAAAAUUCUAAUGGAGAAGUUCUUUAAGGCGAAACAUUUUUGGGAGAUAUCAAAGUUUUUAUUUUGCACGGAAACAUUUAAUAAAAAGUAAGAUCGGAGACAUAUUUUAACUUCAAAAAAUACCAAGGAGGGGCUAUUUUAGUCUCCACAGAUGUAGCUUCGAGAGGUUUGGAUUUUCCAGAAGUUACCCAUUCGAUAUUGUUUGAUGCGCCUACUAGUAUAUCUGAAUAUUGCAAUAGAAUAGGAAGAACUGCACGUAUUGAUUCUAAAGGAAUUUCCUUAUUAAUUUUAAAUAAUGUCGAAAAGCCUUAUAUAGACAAAAUGAGAGAGUUUAAUAUCAAUUUAAAGUCUUUUAAUGACGAGUUAGUCAUAGAAGCUACUCAGGAGUUAAUAUAAAAGAAAUAUAAUAUUAAUAUGGAUGCUUUUUAAUAUGUAGAAAGUCUCAUUAGAUAAUGUACUAGAAACGACAAAAGUAAAUAUAUUCUUGCAAGAAGGGCUUAUGUGAGUUCUUUGAGAGCUUAUGCUAUGUUAAAAGAUAAGGAUAUUUUUAGAGUCAAAUUAUUAAAUUUGAAGGCUUUAGCAAAAGGGUUCGGAGUAGGAAAUGUAAAGGCUGGAAAUGAAACGAAAUCUGAUAGAUAUUAAUAAGAACUUGCAGAGGCAAAUAAGAAUCGAUAUGAUAAAAUGGAAAGGUUCUUUAAUGAAAAGGCAGAAAGAGUUAAAAAUUAAAGAAAACCAAUGAAUACUAAAUAACUUUUUAAUAUGGAGUUUAUGUGA